GAGUGAUGGGUGCGGUGUUCACAGCAUUGCCUUCACUUCACUCACACAUCAAUCGCUCAUUCAUUCAAUAAUAACCGCACUCAUCGAUUGUCACGUAAAUGGCGUCCAAAGCGAAGAAGUCGUCGUCGGGGGCGCCGACGGCCACCACAACGACGAUCACGAGUUCGGCCGGAGAACAGGUGAGCUCUUCGGCCGAACGGCCCGUCAGUCCUCUCUCGCCGUCACGACUGUCGCGAAUACAGGAGAAGAAUGAGUUGCAGGGACUCAACGACCGGUUGGCCAACUAUAUAGAGCGCGUCCGACAGCUAGAGAUCGAGAACAACCGCCUCUCAGUCCAGAUUCACUCGAGUCAAGAGACCGUCACCCGAGAGGUCGUCUCCAUUAAGUCGCUCUACGAGAAGGAGUUGACUGACGCCCGACGGCUCCUCGACGAGACCGCCAAAGACAAGGCGAGGCUCCAGAUUGAGGCCAACAAACUGCACAAUGACUGCGAAGACCUCAUCACUAAACUUAAUAAACGAGAUAAAGACUUAUCAUUGGCUGAUAAGCGGAUCAAUAAUUUAGAAUCGAAUGUUGAAGAAUUAAAGUCACGUCUGAAUCAAUCCAUUGCUGACCGAAAGAGAGCUGAAGAUGAUGUCAAAGAAGCGAAGGCAGAGAUCGAUAAUAUGGAGAAGCAAUUGGCAACUGUUCGCAAACAAUUACAAGAGGAGACACUUCUUCGCGUCGAUCUGGAGAACAGAAUCCAGAGCUUGAAAGAAGACUUUCAAUUCAAACAACAGAUUCACGAGAAAGAGUUGGAAGAGACUCGAGUGACUCAGGAGACAGAGAUCACUGAAAUGGUUAACGACCAGAUCCGAGAGCAAUACGAACAAAGACUGGCCGAUGAACUCCGAGAGUUGCGCGAAGAGAAUGAGGCACAGAUGCGGAUGAAUAGGGAGGACAUCGACCGCAAGUAUGAUCAACAGCUCCAAGACUUGCGCAACGCUUUGGACAAAAAGACCGGCGCUUCCAAUGCAUUGGGCAAUGAGUUGACACAAUUGAAGACCAAAUUAGAGUCAAAUAUAUCGAAAUUGAGUCAAAUUGAAUCCAUUAAUCAAUCGCUUAAUAACCGAAUUAAAGAUUUGGAGAGACUUAUAGAGCAGGAAAGAGAGUGGAAGGAAAACGCAUUGCAGGCCAAAGACGACCAAAUCAAACAACUGAGAGACGAAUCCAAAAAUAUUCUCAAUGAAUACCACGACUUGUUAGACAUUAAGAUCGCGUUGGAUAUGGAGAUCAGUGCCUACAGGAAACUAUUGGAAGGCGAAGAAAGUCGGCUCAAUUUGGCGAGUCCUCAGUCGUCGCCACUCAUUAGUUCCGGGAGUCGAGUGGUCUCUCCGCGCACUUACACUCCCAGAGGCGCCAAAAGGAAGCGUACGGUUUAUCUACAGGAAGAGGAGAAUGUGGUGGACAUUGUUGUCAACUCUAAUGCCAAGUCUGACAUUGAGAUAUCAGAUCACGAUCAGGACGGGAAGUACGUCAAGAUCUUCAACAAAGGCGACAAAGAGGUCUCACUCAGCGGUUGGCAAAUCAUUAGAAAUGCCGGUGAUUUGGACACGCAUUUCAAGUUUCACCGAACGAUUGUCAUUAAACCCAAUCAAACCAUAUCUGUGUGGAGUUCGGACAGCAAUACGGCUCACAGUCCGCCCAAUGAUAUCGUCAUGAAAGGCCAGACUUGGUUCACAUCCGAUGCAAUGCAGACAACUCUACUCAACAAUUCGGGAGAAGAAAUGGCGACUCGAAAGACAUCCAAACGUCUAACCAGUACUUCGGCUCACCGUUCGUCUGAGGGAUUCUUAAGAUCACAACAGGCGGACACACCGGCCGGUCAGGAGAGGUGUUCAAUAAUGUGAUGCAAUCCAAAAACACACAAUCAAACCGUUUUUACAAUAAUUUACUUAUAUUUAAGAUUUUAAGCCAUAUAUUCAUUUACACAAUUGAUUUAGAUUUAACCGCUUUUUAACAAUACAUUAUUUUCUAAUUUUUCGUAUAAUUGAUGACCUUUUGGGUGAAAUUUAUAGAAACUUAAUUUAGUAGUAGUUUUAUAGCAUAUUGUCUUCUCAUAUACAGUGCAUGUCAUAUGUGUUGCAUAUAUUCGCUAUUAUUAUAUAAGAGCUAAUGUUGAUUAUAAAGCAUCUAAUUUUCCAAUCACUUUAUUAUUGAUUACUUAUAUUCGUAUUAUAAAAGC